CGACAUUUUACGACGCUGGGGGAUCAGCUCCAUCUCCUCUCUCGCCCCGAUCCAUCGACGGCGCGGAGGGGAAACGGUAACGGAGACGAUGACGGUGUUCCACUUCUUCAACUGCGCCCUCCUCACCUUCGGCCCCCACGCCGUUUACUACUCCGCUACUCCCCUAUCCGAGUAUGACACUAUUGGAACUUCUGUUAAAGCAGCUCUUGUAUAUCUUGGGACAGCAUUGGUGAAGCUUGUUUGCCUUGCAACAUUUCUGAAAGUAUCUGAGAAUGAUACCUUUGAUCCUUAUCAGGAACUGCUGAAAGUUUUGAUUGGGUUUAUAGAUGUUGCUGGACUGUAUUUUGCAUUGACGCAAUUGACUCACAGAAAUAUCUCGCAAAAUCACAAAUUCCAGGCUGUUGGACUUGGGUGGGCUUUUGCUGAUUCAGUUCUGCACCGGCUGGCUCCUCUCUGGGUAGGGGCUAGGGGAUUGGAGUUCACAUGGGAAUAUAUUUUUCAAGGCCUUGAGGCAAAUGCAAAUCUGGUAAUGAAUUUGUCACUUGCCGCAUUGGGAUCAUUGAUGUGGCUGAGGAAGAACAAGCCCAGAACAUUGGUUCCGAUCAUUUACGCUUGUGCAGUCAUCCUUGCAACAAUGCCCUCUAUCACCUGUUAUCUUCGGAGGGCGCUGGAAUGGCAUACUCCAAAGGUCGUGGGCUUUGAACUCGUCUCCUCAUUAGUCAUGGCCUUGAUCAGUUGGCAGCUCUUCUCUGCUUGUCAGAAACCGAUAUAACAAGCGAAGCUUAUCGGAGCUUAUUUAGUGAAAGACAUUUUUAAGUGCUUUUGGCAUAAUUUCCCCCCUUUUUUUUCCAAGAAAUCUGUUGUAGAAGAUUAAGGUGAGCUUAGUCUCCUAAUUUUCGUUGGCUUUGUUACGCACGAAUUGUAGUUUAUUGAAAGUUUUGGAGGUAGCAUUUCUUUUACAAAAAA